GUGAUACGAAAUAAUUAGGAAUUAUAUCGAAGAAAUAGAGAAAGACGUGCGAUCAUGCGAUCGUUCGAGCAUCGAAGUCAAUAGCAUGAAUGUUUUGUAUGCCAUCCGUACGGAGAGCUCGAUGCGUGGAUAAGAAACUACUUUUUUUUAUUCCGACGAACAAAAAUCAAAUUGUUCGUUCGACUCGCGGAGAAAAAGAAAAUUUGAUUUCAAUUAUCUCAUACAUAGAAAAAAUCAGAUUUAUUUAAAAAAAAAUAUAUGAUCAUAUGGGGUACAAUUGCAACGAGACAGUUCGAUAUCUAGAUAGUAGAACAUCUUUUCUCGCACUGAUAUAUCAAGUAGAAAGGAAAAAUUUUAUUACGAAAUAAGAAGAAACGGCGAUUAAAAUUACCGCUGUUUUGGAACGUAUAUUUUCUUUUUUUUUCCCCUAUUAGGCAGGUGGCGCUGAUCAUUGGCCCGGUUCAAAAACGCGCCAAUCGACCUUUUUUUUUUUGCGACGUUAAUAAACGAUUCCUUCGAAGCAAGGUUUCGAAAACCCGCUUAUUAUCGAGAAUAUCAUCGACGGUAUAUGAGAACACGAUUAAAAAUUUUGAUCGACGAAUUUCGAGUGGAUAUCUUUCGUACAUUUCGUGAACGAUGUAACCUGAUUAAUAGUGAUAUAGUUGAGAUAUUUUGUUGAUUGGAAUUCGUCGUGGUAAAUUGUACGUAAUUGCGUGCGUAUUUAGUGUGUGGUGUGCGUGUGCGUGUGUGUAUUUGUGUACGCGUGUGUGUUUGUGCGGUGCGUGUACGUUCGUGUCUUCUUUCAUUAUAUUUCAUUUCAUCAUUUAUCAUCAUUCUUUUCUAUGAUGGAUACAAGCUGAACGAAUAUUCAUUUAUCCAUUGGAUUCUUCUUUCGGAAAGGACUACUUUCGACGGGCAUGUAUGGCUGGUGCGUGGCUGGAAUGGCAGAAAAGUUACGCGAAGCUUGCGUCCGUGGCGAGGCCGAACGUGUCGCACGUCUUCUCGACGAAGGGAUCAAACCACAGCCAGACGAGAAUGGACGAAGUCCUUUGCUAUUGGCUGCAGCACUCGGCCACACUGACGUCUGUAAUGCUCUUCUACUUCGUGAAGCCGAGGUUAAUGCAGCUGACUCGAGCGGCGUGACUCCUCUACAAAGGGCAGCUGCCGAAGGCCACUUAGAGGUGGUUGAGCUACUCCUCAAGCAUGGAGCAGACGUCGCACGGCAGGAUACGCUUCAUGGAAACUCGGCUUUGCACGAAGCCUCAUGGCGAGGAUACAGCCGGACUGUUGCUGCUUUGGCUAAGGCCCUCGGGACUCAACGCGCUCCUUUGCACGCGAGGAAUCUAGCUGGAUUUGCGCCGCUUCACCUCGCUUGUCAAAAUGGCCAUAACCAAAGCUGUCGAGAACUUCUUCUAGCUGGAUGCAAUCCCGAUCUUCAAAACAAUUAUGGAGACACGCCACUUCAUACAUCGGCGCGUUACGGUCACGCAGGUGUUACGCGUAUCUUAAUAUCGGCGCUCUGCAGGGUCUCUGAACAAAAUAAAAACGGUGACACGGCACUCCACAUUGCCGCAGCGAUGGGCCGUCGGAAAUUGACGAGGAUACUUCUUGAAGCCGGUUGUGAUAGGACGCUGCGAAACAAGCAGGGCGAGACAGCGAAGGAUAUAGCUCGUCGCAAAAACCUGACGGAGAUACUCGAGAUAAUCGGUAAGGCAAGGAGCAAGAGUAGAGCCCGUAGCAAAAGUCGGGACGAGGAAUCGAGUAACGACAAGGUCGAUGGCAGUGGUGGCAGUGCUGUCGCUGCUAAGUGCGAUAGAAACGAAAAGAAACGGGAAAAGACUGGUAGCGGUACCAGUGGUAGUAGGGAUGGUUGUACGAUCAAGAAGGAAAAGAAGAAACACAAAGGAGGUAGUGCCGGUAGCGGCGGAAAGACUCACAAAGUACAUUUUGAAAAGGCUGUGAUGGGAAGACAAUGGUCACCUUAUGGUUGCCAUUAUUAUCCAGAUCCAGAUUCUUUUCCACAGCCAAGAUUAGACUCGUUACCACCUGACCCAUUAGGAAGGGGUGAACAAUAUUAUCUAGACUUGGCUGGUAACAUAAGAAAGGGUCCGGUUGGUGUAGGGUAUACUUGUUAUUGCGCACCUUUCUUCAGGCAUAUGGAGGCAAAGUUAGAAAGAGAUAAGGCAGAAUUGAAGGCACAUAUAGAUCAGGCACAUGAAAGAUUAGAUUUGAAAGUGGCUAAUCUCGAGAGAAGAACCCGCGGACAGAUUUCCGAAUUAACUAGAUGCGUAGCAGCUGAAAGAGCACGUUGCGACGAAAGACAUCAACAUCUUCAACAGAAAUUAUCACGUGGUGGUAGAGGUAGGCACAGUGAGAGACCAGCUAGAACGUCGAAUGUAGACGAUCAAGUACCUCCUACUCGUGCCAGAUCUCUCGAGGAUUUACUUGAUGAUAGACCACAGGAUAGAAGCUUUGAAAUUCCUGGUGAAACUCCUGUUUAUCGAGGUAGUCUUGAUGAUUUAGAUAUUCCUGCUAUACCUAGGCUAAGCAAAUCGAUGAAGGAUCUUCCUUCGGGAUCGGGUAUGGCUAGGUCGACCUUGAGAGUACUUGACGUUCCAGCAAGAUUGAAUGAGACUUUCGACGGUGUCAUCAGGCAAGAUCGUAGCUCUCCUCUUGGUGCAGCAUCAUCGCCGUCUAUGGGCUCGAGACAACAGACUCGUCGGCAACGGACGUCUCUCUCGCAGGAACAGGGUACUAAUAUUAGCCAGGAAGAAAAUAACGCGACUCGUAAAAAUGGCGAAGAAAAUUCAGGAGAAUGGAGAUCGUCACCGAGUCGUCGUAGCGUUCACGAGAUGAUCAAACGAUUUCAACAAGUACCUGGCAUGCAUAAUGGCUGGCGUGGACAACGUUCUGGUAGUAGCGAACCUACCAGCCCGGAACACAGUCAGUGUUCACAAAACAAAAGGAUUCAACCACAGGGUGGUGUAGGGAAUAACUGGCAUGGUGAAGGUGAAGGUAAUAACAGUGAAAGUAGCGAGGGAGAGGAUGACAUGGAACAACCAGAAGCCCUAAAAGGAAAUGUUUCGAACAAAGGUGUUAUACAAGAAGAUGUUCAUUACGACAGCAUAGCCAGAAUGCCUUACAGAUCGCGUAGUGCUGUUUAUAGUCCUACUCCACUCUUACACGAUGCUCACAAUGAUUCUGGAUAUAGUACACGUAUGUAUGGAUCAAGUAAGGGAGCCUCACCUUCUCUCUCAGGACAAUUAGAAUGCGAUGUUAUUCUACCACCUUCCCAAGGAGGUGCCUUCCCAAGUGGAGAACAAUUGGCUGCCUUAUUGGAACAACCAAGAGGACAUGACUUAACUGUAUACGAAAGAGGCGCAGACAAUGUUGUCAUUAAUAUAGGAACUGCGAGUCUCGUUUAAUGUAAUUUUCUUCUGUUUCUUUUUUUUUUUUUUUCUUUUUUUUUUGCGAGAUUUAUCACAAAUGUGAACGUGGAACUUCCAAAGAUGACGCAAAAUCGGGCUCGCUCGUAAUUUUGUGAACUCGUCAUUAGCGAAAGGUAAUUCAUACAACUACGUUCUCCUCUAUAGACUUAUUCGCGUACCUUCUCAUUAUUUUUUAAACGUUGUCCAAUACGUGCUCAUUUUUGUAGAAUAAUAGCAAUUACAAACGAUUUCUUUUACAUAUACAUAUAUAUAUAUAUAUACCUGUGUUCAUAUUUUUAUAUAAAUAUUAUGUUAAAAAGAGAGAUCGAAAUAUUAGUUGUUUAUAAUUUGAGUACAAAUAUAAGAGUUUUUGUUCAUCAUAUUAACGUAGUUACGAAUAAUCUUCUUCGAUCGUCGUGUGUGUUGUAGAAAUUUAAUUCUGUUUGUUGCCAUGCAUCAAAAAAAAAAAAAAAAAAAAAAAAAAAAAGAAAAAAAGGAAAAAAAAAAUGAAGAAAAAAAAAGAAAAAAAAAUAUAUAAAUUAAGAA